UUAGAAUUUGAUUGGGCCGGAUUUCGAUUUGGUUUCGCCGGUUUUCGGACGCAUUAUGCUCACGGACAUUGGCAACAGCGGCGCGAAUGGUAACGGCAACUGCAGCCAUAAUGUUGGCAAGGGUCAUGGCCUAGUCAGUGGCAUCAACUCGAGUGGCUCCUCCAGCGGAAUCGGCAGUGCUAGUAGUGAGAAGUUGGCAGUCCGUAACGAUGAGGCCAAUACCGAGCAAGGCGGCAAUGCCGAGGAUGAGGAUGAUGAUGAUGAUGAUGACGAUGAUAAUGAUAAUGAAGACGAUGAUGUGGAUGAAACUACGGCGGAAUCUCCUUUGUUACCCCUGAAGGACAACGAGUCACCGCCUCCUCGAGUGCUUAGCUCCUCGCACAUAUCAGCCACCAAUCGGUUACCCCAACCUGCUCAAUACACCUCCCUCGCAGGUGGCCCAGACGCAUCACCCACGCACCUCCCCACGGAACCCACUUCCACGCCCAACAAUUGUCGUAGGCGUAGCUCCCUCAGCAAUUGUCCAACUUCCUUGCCCGAGAACAGUGAGCCUCCUCCAUUAGAGACAAACAACAACGAGGGGGAUUUCUAUUCGCACUUGGCCAACGGCACCACACCGCACCACGACAAGCCCCACCCGCAGGAAUACCAGCUAUAUCCCAACGACACCUUCACCCGAUUAGAGGGUAAAGCCCCGAAGCCAAACAACAAGAUGCAGACCAAGGUGGAUGCAGUGGGCCGCAUCACUGGCCCGUGGGGCAAGUGGCAGCUGCGAACUGUGCUCCUAAUCUUCCUCUGCAAGAUCCCCUCGUCUUGGUUCAUGGCCUGCAUUAUUUUCACGGCCCCAGCUCCGCGCCAUGGAGAGUUCUUUUGCAAGCCCCCGAACACGGUGGGCGCCCAAAACCAAUCCGCGUGGAUCAAGGUGUCGCAUCCUCAGAAGGAGGAAACCGAAGAUCAGGAGUUCUCCAUCGACUUCUGCAAUGUGUAUCAGGAUGCACAGGAGCACGCCCAUCACUACUACAACUACGCCAAUAGCGAGCAAGAGCCAAGGGUGUGGGAGAAGCCGUUUAACCGCAGCUCUAAUCUGAUCCCUUGCACGGAGUUCCAGCACCAAGCCGACUUCCACUCCGUGGUCACCCAGUACGACCUCGUGUGCUCGCGCGAUAUUCUUGUCUCGGUGACGCAGUUCUUCCAUCUGUUUGGUGUCCUCACUGGGGGAAUCCUGGCUAAUCACUUGCUUAAAUAUUUCAGUCCCAAAAACGUUAUGCUUUUUGGAAUGAUAACUCAGAUAUUCUGCGGAAAUCUUACUGGUCAUGUGGCAUCCUAUGAACUGCACGUAUUCUUCCGUUGUCUUUCCGCCGUUUGCUGCGCCCAGAUGUACACCGCCGGGGGUCAAAUUAUGGCAGACAUAACCGGAGGAAAGUAUCGUACUUGCGUGUCCACGCUGUUCGAGCAGUUCUGGUCCAUUGGCGUAAUGAUGCUUCCCGGACUGGCUAGCUUCUUUUCCAGCUGGUCCCACCUCUACAUGGCCAUCUCCUGGCCAACUGUGAUACUUAUCUAUCUGUGGCAGUGGAUUCCCGAUUCUCCCCGCUGGCUCAUAGCACGAGGACGCGUCCAAGAUGCCAAGAAAAUCCUCCUGCAGUGUGCCGAAAUGAACGGCACGCGACACAAUCUGCCGACUGACAUCGACCAGCAACUGGAACUCCAGGCCCAGACCGCCAUGGACGCCCCUCCGCCCAGCGGCUGGUGGUCGAUGUGGAAAGGAGAACGGGCUGUGCGGCAUAUAAUCUGUGUGCACCUGGCCUGGUCUCUCUAUAUCGUCGUCUACUACGGAAUGCUGCUCAACAUCCGGGCCUUCAGCCGGGAGCACCUGUACAUCAACACCUUCGUUGCCGGUUUCAGCGAAAUGAUGGGCACCUUCUUCGGCCUGUUUCUGAUCCUGAAAACGACCAGAAAGUGGCUGUGGACGGGACUCUUCAACAUUAUGGCCGGAUGCAUCGCCUACUGCGGAUGGCUGGUACCGAAGGCCGGAGUCAUUCCCAUUGAUGCUCGGGUGGCCCUGCUUAUGUGCUCUGCCAUGGUUUCAAAGAUGGCUAUUUCCACGACACUCAGUAUACUGACAACCUGCACUGUGGAACUAGUAUCAGAUGACAAGAAGAAAAUAACCUCGUUCUCCACAAUAUGCUGGGCUCGAUUCUGGCUCCUGGGAGCUCCCUUCAUUGGCUCCACGGUAAUCUUCGGCCAGCUCAUUCCCCAGACGGCCUUCGCGUCUUUGGCCAUCUGGGGUGGCUUCUGCACCGUCCUGAUCAGCAGCCCUCGGACUCACCCCAUCUCUAGACCCGCUUCACCGGUCGCCCAGGGCACUCAGAACAUGGCAUCGCAGUUCACCAUCAUCGACGGCAUGGACAACAAGGGCUAUACGCCCAGCUCCAAGCCGAUCUACGCGAACAACCCCAUACGGAAGCUGACCACGCCGCAAUCGAAUCUACCUCCUCAAUUGAUGCCCGGCAUUUGGACGACCAAGAUCGACGAGGACGGCCCACCAAUGUGAUCUGCUCCAGGUUAGGGUUAGGCAAUACGAACAGCUGCUAUGUAAGGAACUUUGAAAAGGAGGCUUUUUUGAAUGAUAUCCUAUACGGGAUGCCUUGUAGAUGCAGUUUUUGGAUUUGGUUCUUAAAGGGCCAUUUUUUUUAUCCUA